AUGACGGCAUUUCAGCUUUGGCAUUGCUACACCAUUUCGACCUGCAUAUUCCCUCUGUCUUCAAUCAUACCAAUCCACACAUCAUCCAACAUGCCUAUGCCCGGAGCCGACAAGACGACCGAAGCCAAAGAAGGUGUCCUCACCUACAUGCGCGCAUGGGGUGGUACGUCCUUGAAUCCACAUCUUGCUCUCCCACAUACCGUCCACUAA